CUGCCGCCGCGAGAGGAGCGGAGCGGAGCGGAGCGGACACGGGCUGCAGCCGCUGCCUCCUCUCCCGCCCCGCGCAGCCCGAGCUCCGGCCCGCCCGCAGCCCUGGGACGGGGGGGACCCGGGCGGGAGGAGGAGGAGGAGGAGGAGGAGCAGCGCGGCUGAGGUAAAAGUAUCUUGACAACCAAUCAAGAAAGUGGAUUAUUUUUUAAACUAUGUGCGUGCGUCUGUAGAAAUGAUUUGUGGUUCAGUCCAGCUGGAGCUGACUGAAUGAAGCUAUGGGCUGUGCAUCAGCCAAGCAUGUUUCUACUGUUCAAAACGAAGAGGAAGCUCAGAAGGGGAAGAACUACCAGAAUGGAGAUGUGUUCGGUGAUGAGUACAGGAUCAAACCAGUGGAAGAAGUCAAAUACAUGAAAAAUGGAGAAGAUGAUCAGAAAAUAGCAGCCAGGAAUCAAGAAAACUUGGAAAAAAGUGCCAGUUCAAAUGUAAGACUUAAGUCUAAUAAAGAGAUUCCAGGAUUAGUUCAUCAACCCCGAGCAAAAAGAUCUGCAGCUUCCCUAUUGAGCCAAGAUGGCCUCCCGGCCCCUGUGCCACCUUUUUUGCAUACAGCAUGCACAUCUCUGAAAGCCAACAGGAAUUCUUCAGAAUGCUGGAUGAGAAAAUUGAAAAGGGUCGUGAUUACUGUUCAGAAGAGGAGGAUGUCACAUAGUGCCAGUUCUGCCAAUCAAAACAGGAAUACUGCUGUGUAAAUAGAUUACAACCCAGUCAAGAUCUCUUGGAAGUCUUCUAGAGCGAAACAGCACUACAUAAUAAAAGAAGAUCAUUUCCACAUUGUAUUCUCCAUUCAAUUACAGUGUUUCUUAAUGGACAGAUAAGGAAUAUUGCUAAGAACUCUUGGAACUGUCUUUGUUGCUGCUAGUUAAAACUUGUUGCAACUUUUCACUUUUCUGUGUCCAGGUAUGCAGCAAAUCCUUAAAAUUAAUCUGAAAGAUGCUGUUGAUUUUACUAAGGCUACUGGCCUAUUUUCUAUUGGGUGAGGUAGUAUUAUACAGAACUUCCAUAACUGAACAUGCAAGCAUCUAAGACCCCUGUAUGCUGUUUGUCAGUCCACAUGUGGGCUGGAGUGCUUCUUAUUCCUGGUGAUUUCAAGCUUUGGAGAUGGGAUAUUUCGCCAUGGUAGGCCUGGUUUUUCUGCUGAGAAGAAGUUGAGAAACUAUUAUCCAUUAAAAGCAUGUUAUCACACAUACUGGAAGUGAUACAGGAGCUGAAAUCUGUAUUUUAAAGAAAAAAGUUUCAUUUAAUAGGUAUCUUAAUCAAGGACUAAGCUUGCAGUAUUGGUAUUGCUGAGCGCAAAUGGAAGUGUGAUCGCAAUCAUUUUGAUUCCCCUUUUUUUCUAAGAAAAUAAACAUUUUACUGUUGUUAUGUA